GAAGGUGAAACAGUAUCACGAUCAACCAAAAGAAUGAAGAUACUCACGGAAGAUGAAUCUGAUUUAAUUCUGAGAAGUAAAGAAGCCGAAGAACAAUAUGGUUUUUGUUCAAAUGAAUUCAAGAAGACAGGCGUGUCGACUGAUGUGCUGACUCAUCAACAGAGCAAAAAUCUCCGUAUUAACGCCUGUAUUUCCAAUGAUAUCAAUCUUCUCUUUGGCAAUACCAACACCCGUAUCAGCUAUUUCGACUUUUCUGGAGACGAGCCUACACAUUGCAACUGUUUAGUUUUGAUGAAUGUUAUAUAGCUUAUAAAGUCGGGUCGUUUACUAUCCCAAAGAAUCUUAUCGGAUUAGGCCAGCUCCGUUGCUUCUUGUCGCUUUGUACAAUUGGAAGAAGUGUACUAUAGACAACGGAAGAAAAAUAAUCAUCCAACUAUCAAAAGCCGAAGAAGAUUAUGGUCUUGUAGACGUAAUCAAUGAUACUUUUGAUUCUCGUUCAUCAUCUCUGCCAAGGGACACUGUCAAUCAUGUACCGGUGCAUUUCUCUCGAUCUAAAGGCCAAAAAAGAACAAGAUCUGUUGUUCAUGCCGAAGAAUAAGCCUUUGCAUUAUUCAUCAAAUAUAGUAACAUUUGUAUAUCUAAUAAAACCAAGAUCUUGCUGCUGCUGCUGCUUCCUCCUGAUCUACAAACAAGCGUGGUACUUAUGUGCAUGUGUAUUCUUGUGUAAGACUAGGCUACUAUCGUGGGACUCUGUUUUUUCAGUAAACUUGAUAGAUUGCGAGGGAAUACCCGCUUGAUUUCUAGUCAUCAAAUAAAGAGCACUCAACAGUAAUAAACCUCCCCAAGAGCUUGAAACCUGUUAGCCUCUUCACCAAAUACCUGACAUUUUUAUGGUCAACUAUGGCACUAAAGCGUAAGUCUUUACU